AUGCUGCAGCGCGCCUCUCGCGCCGCACUAGCGGCACUCUUCCUGGCCUCGAUUGCGAGUGCGCUUGCGCACGGCGAUGACCAUGAGAUGGACAUGAGUAUGGACGUGGACAUGGAUCAUUCCUCGCACGACCAGACAGAUGCAAAUGACAGCUCGCCAAUGAGUUACUUUGCGUACGGGAAGCACACCGGGUGGAUAGUCGCACACAUUGCGCUCAUGGUUGCCGCAUGGUGUUUUGUGUUACCGACAGCUGUUAUGUUGAGCAUCGCACGGUCUCGCCUGGCACUUCUUUCGCAAUUCGUUUUCCUCGUGGUAAAUGCCUUUGGUUUACUCGUCGGAAUUGUCUACAACAGCCAAACUCCAGAUCUUUACGAGAACAAUGCCCACCACAAGAUCGGAUGGAUCGGAACCUGGGUGAUCGCCGCACAGAUCAUCAUGGCGCUGAUCUUCGCCUAUGCCGGGAGAGGCAAGAAAGAUAGCGGAUACGAACGUGCGCAGUUCCUCCCCGUGUCGACCGACGAGAUGGCGGAGACUCCGACAUACCCGGCUGGAAUCCGCCAUGAGUAUCGUUGGUCGAGAGAUAGCGGCCAGGGUACCGAGCGCAACUCGGCUUCUCUUCCCAGCCGUCCGAGCUCGCCAUCAUGCGCGUCUCCUUCCGACGAGUACGAUGGUUUCGAGAAGCCCGAGGAAGAAGCUCUGGAACCCGCACAGUCUCGGGGCUUCUUGCAUAGCGCCGCCCUCGACCGCUUCCUUGCCAGCCGUGUUCCUAGUCUGGUUUCUGGUCGCGCCCUGCGAUAUCUCAACUUUGUAUAUAACGUGAUUGAUCGAUUGAUUCUGCAAUUUGGCUUUAUUGCAAUCGCAACCGGCGCAGUGACCUACGGAGGCAUUUUUAGGGAGCGAGAGAUCUUCAACGGCCUUGCGCACUUCAUUAAGGGUGGCAUCUUCUUUUGGUAUGGACUACUCACUUUGGGACGAGUGAUGGGAUGCUGGGCGGAUCUUGGUUGGGCCUGGAACGUCAAGCCGCCACGGGAAAUCGUUGGCUGGAAGGCUAAGAUUGCUACUGGCGAGUAUACCGAGUCGGCUGUAAUUUUCAGCUAUGGAGUGAGCAACGUUUUCCUUGAGCACCUCAACGGUUGGGGUAAGGCUUGGACUGCGACUGAUUUCGAGCACGUGUCUAUCGCGAUCAUGUUCAUCGGUGGAGGGCUGUGCGGUAUGCUUUUCGAGUCGAAGCGCGUCAAGACUUGGCUGAACAGUACUAUCCUGCGUGCUCCAUCUCACAUCGAGGCCCAUGGAUCUUCCGAACAAGCUUGGGACACCCCUGAUACACAGGGCGUGUCGCUCAACCCUAUGCCCGCGCUGGUGAUCCUCCUGUUGGGCAUGAUGAUGGGGUCACACCACCAAUCUAGCAUGACAUCUUCCAUGAUUCACAAGCAGUGGGGUAAUAUGCUGGUUGGUUUCGCGCUGGCCCGUGGCAUGACCUACAUUCUGCUCUACCUGAAGCCUCCAACCUCGUACCUUCCUUCUCGCCCACCAACCGAGAUUGUUGCCUCAUUUUGCCUCAUCUCCGGAGGCCUAAUCUUUAUGCUAAGCUCGCGCAACGUUGUCGAAGCCAUCGAGUACUACGAGCUCGACGCCAUGUUCACCUUCACCGUCGCCAUGGGCUUCACAGCCUUUAUCAUGGCUUGCGAAAUCCUCAUAAUCGCCGUCAAAGCAUGGGCCGUCAAGCGCGAGGCCCGUCCCAAACUCGCUCCCUUCCGGUUCCCUGCUUGA